UCGAUUCACCCCUCUUUCAACCGAACUCGACAUCCUCGGUCGAUCGGUCGUCAGCUGUGCAGACCUACGAUCUACACGUCGUAACCGGUAUCCCUCAGCUCCAAUUCAUCAGAACCUCGAGUGAUCGCACCUAGGUCUUCUCUUCUCUUACCCACAACCUCCUGAACAAAUCACCUCUCUCAAACCUCGACUCUUCCACGAUCGCAAGAUGCCCCUCUCCUCAGUAUUCGAAAAGCUCAAGCUCCGACGAGGCUCCAACUCGAACCCUCCUUCUCCGACCUCGUCAUCGGGAAUCCGCGAAGGUCGAGCUUCUUCCGACAACCACCACCAUCAUAAUAGUAGGAAGAGUGUCGACCAACCUCGAGUUUCCUCGAACGUUUCUCGAGAGCCUCAACAACAAGGCGGGGAAGGGACCGGGUUUAGGGGGCAGGAACUGGUAGGCGCUCAUAAUCACGUCGAUGGCAAUACGGAGGUUGCGAGGAAUGCGAAUGCGGCUCUCGAACGUGAUCCCGUUAGCAACAACAGCAACUCGCAGCAGUCUCAUCAGGCUGCGCAGGCCCCGCAGCAUCAGCAACGAGAGUCUAGGGAUGCACCGAGAGAGAACCUCGAUCAAGGUCAUGGGAGGACCGGAUCUGGGUUGACCGGCAGAGGAGAAGGAAAGGGUUUGCCCCCUAUUCCCGGAGCGCAUGGGCGGGAUGACCGUGAUCACGCUCAACACGCUCGUGAACCCGUGGCUGCGGCUCAGAGGACGCCUUCCAAGGUCCCAGCUUCUUCCCGUAACGUCGCCAACAACAACAACAACCAGUUCGACGCCGACGGCUUCCCCAUCGUUCCCAAGACUUCCUCGUCGUCAUCUUCCAGCAAAUCCGAAUCCGGCCUUCCUAGGUCUCACGGGACGUUUGCUCUGCCGACGGUCCCCCAGACCCCGGCGUUCUCGGACGAGGUUCAAGCGGGUCUCCUGGGCCGAUCCGUAGGGGGCGGGUCUGCACCGGCUCCGGGUUUGAGGGAGAGAUUCGAGCUGGAUGCCGGGUCGAUGGGUUAUAUUCCCGUCGAAAACCACCGACACGGUCUCGGGUUCGGUAGCAAGGAUGUCGCUGGGAGCACCGAGAAACCGGCGGAAUGGAGGGAGAUCGGAUCGGGUCCGUUGAUCAAGCAGCAUCAGUUGACGACUCCCCGACAGUUGGCGCCUUAUAAGGUUACCGAUCCCAAGGUCAUCGCCGAGGAAUCUAGGCGGUUCGUCACCGCUCAAUCCAAGGUCGGCCGGUUGGAGCCCAACCAUAUCGGGACUGUCGCUCGAGGUCAGGGUCAACACGAUGGAGAGCUCGCCACGGCCGGUUCGACCCAGAGCGCCCUCUCGGCCUACAUCCCCAUCAGGGAAUACGCCUUCCACCCCUCGCCUCCCGGGGCGACCGACCCUUCUCCUGAACACAUCCAACGCCACCUCGCCCUCCUUAGCAACUCUUUCACCCACUCCCGAAUGAGCCGGAUCGGAGCCGGAGCUUCCAAGCCUGGCAAGUACACCCCGCUCAUCCCCGGGAUCCCCGUCUCCACCACGGAGAGGGACCGAGAGCUGAUCAACCAGCGGGAAGGGCUCGUCAGCCGGAUCGCCAGGGAAGAGGCCGUCGCCGAGCGUUCGGGCGCCAGGGGGAUCAAGCCGAGGAACGGUCUGGAUGAGAGGAGCGUCGAGGUCUUCAAGCAGGCUGGGUGGGAGAGCAAGGUGGGCGUGUUGGAUACCGUGGAUGUCAAGUCGAGGGUUUUGGAGCCCGUCAUUCAGGAACACGUCGCUAUCAUCGAGACCGAGGUUUACGAGCUUAUGAUCUUCAGGGACAUCCACAACCCCUUCAUCCAACCCAUUCACGACCCCUCGCCGACCAUCUUGCCUACUCGACACCUGUUCAAGGACGCUCAAGGUCAAUGGCGCGAGGUCAUCGGUGACGAGGCCGCCGAACGUGUCCUCGGAACCAAGAUCGACCGAAGCGAAGGUAGCGUCUACACGGAACGCUGGAUCGAGAGCGUCGGUGGCAUCGAAUACGAGGCCAUCGAGAAGGAGAGCGUUGUCGUCGGUCGACGAGGCUGGGUCCAGCUUGUUGGUGAACGUCUCGUUGUAGGCAACAGCAACAGCAGCAACGUCGACCGGGGCCACGUCUCGAGCUCGUCUCGAUCCGGUUCGAACGCUAUGCGGAUCGCCACCGACGUAGAGCACAAGCCUAGGAAAUCGUCCUUUUCCGCCACUUCGCCCGGACGACCCGUAGGACAGAGGUCCAGCAGGGACGCACCCCCCGUCCCGACCGAUCACGUCAACUCGCACCGAUCGUCCGGUCAGAUCGGUCGGGCCAUCUAAAGCUUGAUCAGCUCGAUCGUUUGAUCUCCCUCAGACUGUUUCAAUUUAGAUUGCUCUCCGUUCGUCAGUUUAGCAACUCAAGCAAUUAUUAUGUAUCGUUUCGCCAGUAUCGCACGCACACACAAAGCGAGGUUCUAUUGUCAUAUCCUAGUUAGUCAGGUCAUUGUCGUUGAAUAUAAUCAUACUGUUACAGUAG